AUGGCAAAAAGAAAGUAUGGAGUGUGGAAUGAAGAGGAUAUGGAGAGAGCUCUAGCUUCUUAUAGAAACGGAGAUAUGGGUUUGAACCAAUGCUGUAGACAGUACGGUAUUCCAAAACCGACCCUUAAGCGUCAUUUAGACAGCAAAAAUAUAAAGGCCAAUGAAGGUACCAAAUUAAUGGGGCGUCACCCUACAUUACCACCCGAUGUAGAGCAACAGCUUGUAGACCAUCUAAAAAAACUAGAAGCGUGUUUUUUUGGGCUUACAAUAACAGACGUGCGUAGACUCGCAUUUCAAAUCGCAGUUAGAAAUGGAAUCCCUCACGUAUUUAAUGAGGAGAAGCAAAUCGCUGGUAAGAAGUGGUAUUACAGCUUCAUGAACCGCCACAAGGACAUCUCCCUUCGUGAGCCUCAAGCAACCUCCUUGGCUAGGGCACAAGGGUUUUCUAGGGAAAAUGUCAAAGAAUUCUUAGAAAUAUUGAAAAAAGCUAUUGAUGAGAAUAAAAUGGAUGCAACUACUAUUUAUAAUAUCGACGAGACAGGCGUGAGCACCGUACAAAACAAAUGUCAGAAGGUGAUAGCUGAGAAAGGAAAGCGUGCUGUAGGUUCGAUAUCAAGUGGAGAAAGAGGUGUAAAUACAACUGUUGUGUGCUGUGCAAGUGCUGCAGGUAUGUAUAUUCCACCUCUGAUUAUUUUCAAAAGAAUGAGGAUGUGCAAUGAAUUGAAGGUUGGAGCUCCGCCUGGAAGUUUAGUUGAUGUGUCAGAGAGCGGAUGGAUAAAUUCAGAAUUAUUUGUCAAGUGGCUUCGACACUUCAUUGGUAUUGUAAAGCCAAAUAGGGAAAGAAAAGUUCUUCUCCUUCUUGAUGGCCAUUCUACCCAUUCCAAGAACUUAGAAGCAUUGAUAAUCGCUCGAGACGCUGGAGUUAUUAUGCUUCAAUUACCAGCACACACAACGCAUCGACUGCAACCAUUAGACAGGUCUUUUUUCAAGCCUUUUAAAGGUUACUUCACCCAAGCUGUAGAAAAAUGGCUGCGAACAAACCCUGGCUUGAGAGUCACUCAAUACCAGAUUUCACACUUAGUGACUGAAGCAUAUGGCAAGGCUGCGACGAUUGAGAAUUCGUGUAAUGGAUUCAAGUGUAGUGGUGUAUGGCCAGUUGACUCCUCAAUCUUUAAAGAAUCAGACUUUUUGCCAGCAGAAUGCCUCAAGACAACUUUAGAUCAUAAUAAUAAUGAAGAAGACAGUGAAUGUUUGGAUCAAGAGAAAACUAACAUGGAUGAAAAUCAGCCUCUUGAUGUUGAAGUUACCUCACCUAAUAGGUCAACAAGUUCAACUUCAAAUCUGAAUGUUCCAAUUGAAAUAAUCUCUCCACUUCCAAAACCAACCAAAAAAAGAAAUGGAUCUAAACUUGGAACUAAUUCAAAAGAGCAAAAAGCAGUUAUAUUAACUAGUAGCCCCUACAAAAAUGAAAUUCAACUAGCUCAGGAGCUUAAACUGGCUAAAGAGAAGGUAAAAGAGCUCCAGAUGAAAAUUAGGCCUUUAUCCGAGAAAAUUAAAGUGACAAAAUCCAGUCAAGAUGUUGCAGAUUUUUCACAUAUUCUAACAAAGAAGUCGACCACCAACACAUCGACAAGAAAAAAACAACCACAGGAGGCUGUCAUUUUAAAGAAAGAUCCAAAUCUGGCAAUCCUAAACCAAGCUGGAACGUCGGCCCAUAGUGACGUUCUCAUUGAAAUCGAACCUGAAGAGUGGUUUUGCUUGGUUUGCGAGGAAAAUUCAAUCGAGGACAUGGUGCAAUGCUUGCAUUGCAGUAAAUGGGCUCACGAAAGUUGUGCUGGCUCAAAAGCAAAAAUCAAGAAGUUUAUUUGCUCAAGUUGUAGUUCUUAA